GGAGCAGCGGCGGCCUCGGGAGCUGGAGGAGAGGCAGCCGCGGAGCGCCGAGCCGGUCGCGCUCCGAGGCCCGGCCCUGGGGGUGGAGAGCCGCGCCUAGGAGCUGGAAACUUUCCCGGCAGAAACAAAGGAGUGUUGAAAAUGUUGAAAGCUGUGCUGAAGAAGAGCCGAGAGGGAGGAAAGGGAAGCAAGAAGGAAGCAGGAGGUGAUGUUGGUCCUGAGUCCUCUGCAGUCCUGCCCCCUGGUCAUGGGGGUGAGUCUCCUGUGAGCAGUCUUCCCAUAGCAGAGGACACCUAUAGAGUGAGCUUUGCCAAAGGUGUCUCCAUGUCUCUGCCUUCGUCACCCUUGCUGCCUCGACAGUCUCAUUUGGUACAAUCAAGAUCAAACAAAAAAUCCCCAGGUCCUGUCAGGAAGCCCAAGUAUGUGGAAAGCCCCAGAGUGCCUGGAGAUGCAGUUAUAAUCCCAUUCAGAGAAGUGUCCAAGCCAACAGAGCCCAGUGAGAAUGAAGCAAAGGCCGAUAAUGAACCGAGCUGUUCGCCGGCAGCUCAAGAACUGUUGACAAGGCUGGGAUUUUUACUGGGAGAAGGGAUCCCAAGUGCCACACACAUAACCAUUGAAGACAAAAAUGAAACCAUGUGCACAGCUCUGAGCCAAGGCAUCAGUCCUUGCUCCACACUAACAAGCAGCACCGCCUCUCCUAGCACCGAUAGUCCCUGCUCAACCUUGAAUAGCUGUGUCAGCAAGACGGCAGCCAACAAAAGUCCCUGUGAGACCAUUAGCAGCCCUAGUUCCACCCUGGAAAGCAAGGACAGUGGAAUUAUAGCCACAAUUACAAGUUCAUCCGAAAAUGAUGACCGGAGUGGCUCCAGUUUGGAAUGGAAUAAAGACGGAAGCCUAAGGUUAGGGGUUCAGAAAGGAGUGCUACAUGAUCGCAGGGCAGAUAACUGCUCCCCUGUGGCAGAAGAGGAGACCACUGGGGCAGCGGAGAGCGUGCUGCCCAAAGCGGAAUCCUCAGCUGGAGAUGGUCCAGUCCCUUACUCUCAGAGCUCCAGCUCGCUAAUAAUGCCACGGCCCAACUCAGUUGCAGCAACAAGCUCAACCAAAUUGGAAGAUCUGAGUUAUUUAGAUGGGCAGAGAAAUGCUCCUCUACGAACGUCAAUUAGAUUACCGUGGCACAAUACGGCUGGAGCACGAUUUGCUCCCUAUAAACCGCAAGACAUUUUGUUGAAACCCCUAUUAUUUGAAGUACCAAGCAUAACAACAGACUCUGUGUUUGUGGGAAGGGAUUGGCUCUUUCACCAGAUAGAAGAACACUUGAGGAACACAGAACUGGCAGAAAAUCGAGGAGCGGUUGUUGUUGGAAGUGUGGGAUUUGGGAAGACGGCAAUCAUUUCCAAGUUGGUGGCACUUAGCUGCCACGGAAGCCGUAUGAGGCAGAUCGCUUCCAACAGUCCUGGUCCAUCACCCAGAACUUCAGAUCCUGCCCAGGACCUUCCUUUCACCCCUUUGCUUUCACCGAGUUCUUCUACAAGUGGCCCCAAUGCGGCUAAAAUGCCUGCUGGGGCUGGGUCUGGUACUCCUGAAAACCCGAGACCAAGAGAGGAUGCGGCGAAAUACCUGGCUUCUAAGGUGGUGGCCUACCACUACUGCCAGGCCGAUAAUACCUACACGUGCCUGGUGCCCGAGUUUGUGCACAGCAUCGCGGCUCUGCUCUGCCGGUCCCAUCAGCUGGCCGCCUACAGAGACCUUCUGAUCAAGGAGCCACAGCUGCAGAGCAUGCUGAGCCUCAGGUCCUGUGUGCAGGACCCAGUGGCAGCUUUCAAGAGAGGAGUGCUGGAGCCACUCACCAACCUGAGAAAUGAGCAGAAAAUUCCUGAAGAAGAAUACAUUAUUUUGAUAGAUGGCUUAAAUGAAGCUGAGUUUCAUAAACCUGAUUAUGGAGAUACGCUUUCUUCAUUUAUUACCAAAAUUAUUUCUAAAUUUCCUGCCUGGUUGAAGUUGAUUGUGACUGUAAGAACAAAUUUUCAGGAAAUUAUAAGCGCUCUGCCAUUUGUCAAGCUUUCCUUAGAUGACUUUCCAGACAACAAAGACAUUCACAGCGACCUGCACGCCUAUGUCCAGCACAGGGUCCACAGCAGCCAGGACAUCCUCGGCAACAUCUCCCUGAAUGGCAAGGCCGACGCUGCCCUCAUUGGGAAAGUGAGCAGCCACCUGGUGCUGCGGAGUCUCGGCUCCUACCUGUACCUCAAGCUCACCCUGGACCUCUUCCAGAGGGGACACUUGGUCAUCAAAAGCGCCAGCUAUAAGGUGGUGCCCGUGUCUCUGUCUGAGCUCUACCUGCUGCAGUGCAACAUGAAGUUCAUGACCCAGUCCGCCUUUGAGAGAGCACUUCCGAUCCUGAAUGUGGCCCUCGCCUCCCUCCACCCCAUGACGGAUGAGCAGAUUUUUCAGGCGAUUAAUGCCGGCCACAUCCAAGGGGAGCAGGGAUGGGAAGACUUCCAGCAGAGGAUGGAGGCCCUCUCCUGCUUCCUCAUUAAGAGGCGAGACAAAACCCGCAUGUUCUGCCACCCAUCCUUCAGGGAGUGGCUCGUCUGGAGAGCAGAUGGUGAGAACACAGCCUUCCUGUGUGAGCCCAGGAAUGGACACGCGCUCCUGGCAUUCAUGUUCUCUCGACAGGAGGGCAAGCUGAACCGCCAGCAGACCAUGGAGCUGGGCCAUCACAUCCUGAAGGCACACAUUUUCAAGGGCCUCAGUAAGAAGACAGGGAUCUCUUCAAGCCAUCUGCAAGCCCUGUGGAUUGGUUACAGCACUGAGGGCCUGUCUGCUGCCCUCGCCUCUCUCAGGAACCUCUAUACUCCCAACGUGAAGGUGAGCCGUCUCCUGAUUUUGGGAGGGGCCAACGUGAACUACAGGACAGAAGUGUUAAAUAAUGCCCCAAUCCUGUGUGUCCAGUCUCACCUGGGCCAUGAGGAAGUUGUCACUCUGCUCCUGGAAUUCGGUGCCUGCCUGGAUGGAAUGUCAGAGAACGGCAUGACUGCCCUGUGCUACGCGGCAGCUGCCGGCCACAUGAAGCUGGUGUGUCUGCUGGUCAAGAAAGGGGCAAGGAUGGACCACUUGGAUAAGAAAGGCCAGUGUGCACUUGUCCACAGUGCACUGCGGGGCCAUGGCGACGUUCUCCAGUACCUCCUGAACUGUGAGUGGUCAGCAGGCCCUCCCCAGCCAGGUGCACCGACGAAGAGCCAAGCCCUGCAGCAGGCACUGACGGCAGCCGCCAGCAUGGGCCACAGCUCGGUGGUCCAGUGCUUGCUGGGAAUGGAAAAGGAACAUGAAAUAGAAGUCAAUGGCACCGACACAUUGUGGGGAGAAACAGCCCUGACUGCUGCUGCAGGAAGAGGGAAGCUGGAGGUCUGCGAGCUGCUGCUGGAGCGUGGAGCUGCGGUGUCUCGGACGAACAGGAGAGGGGUCCCACCUUUGUUUUGUGCAGCACGCCAAGGGCAUUGGCAGAUUGUUAGACUGCUGCUGGAACGCGGCUGUGAUGUGAACCUAAGUGACAAGCAGGGCCGGACGCCCCUCAUGGUGGCUGCUUGUGAAGGGCACUUGAGCACCGUGGAAUUUCUUCUUUCAAAAGGUGCCACCCUUUCUUCUCUGGACAAAGAGGGUCUGUCAGCGUUAAGCUGGGCUUGUCUGAAAGGUCACAGGGCAGUGGUCCAGUACCUGAUUGAAGAAGGAGCCGAGAUAGACCAGACAGACAAGAACGGCCGCACUCCCUUGGACCUGGCUGCCUUCUACGGCGAUGCCGAGACUGUGCUGUACCUGGUCGAGAAGGGAGCCGUGAUUGAGCACGUGGACCACAGCGGGAUGCGUCCCCUGGACAGAGCCAUUGGAUGUCGAAACACAUCUGUGGUGGUUACGCUGCUCCGAAAAGGAGCCAAAUUAGGAAAUGCUGCUUGGGCGAUGGCCACUUCCAAACCUGAUAUUUUGAUUAUACUUUUGCAGAAAUUAAUGGAGGAAGGAAAUGUGAUGUACAAAAAAGGGAAGAUGAAAGAGGCAGCCCAGAGGUACCAGUAUGCCUUAAGGAAGUUUCCUCGAGAAGGAUUUGGAGAGGACAUGAGACCAUUCAGUGAACUAAGAGUUUCCCUCUAUCUCAAUUUGUCUCGAUGCCGAAGGAAAACAAAUGACUUUGGCAUGGCAGAAGAAUUUGCUUCCAAGGCUCUUGAAUUGAAACCCAAGUCCUAUGAAGCCUUUUAUGCCAGGGCAAGAGCAAAGAGAAAUAGCAGGCAGUUUGUGGCAGCUCUGGCUGACUUGCAGGAGGCUGUGAAGCUCUGUCCCACCAAUCAGGAAAUCAGGAGGCUUCUUGCCCGCGUGGAAGAAGAAUGCAAGCAGCUCCAGAGGAGCCAACAGCAAAAGCAGCAGUGCCCGCCACCAGCUCCACCCAACGACUCGGAUAAUGAGGAGGAUGCCCUGAGCCCUGCAUUAAACGACCACUUUCAUCUUGAUGAGGCUGAAGAGGAAGAAACUUCUCCACAGGAAGAAUCCAUUUCCCCGACUCCCAGGUCCCAGCCAUCCUCCUCUGUCCCUUCCCUGUACAUCCGAAACCUUCAAGAAGGGCUGCAGUCCAAAGGGAGGCCGGCAUCGCCACAGAGUAAGGCAGGAAUCAGCAAGCCCCUGAGGGAGCCUGUAGCUCAGCCGGGGCUGCUCAUGCAGCCCACCAAGCAGGCACAGAUAGUGAAAACCAACCAACAUCUGGGUUCCGGACAGUCUGGUGUGAGAAACAGUAGCACAAAAAUUCAGGUCUCUUCUCAGAAUCCUCCCCCAAGUCCCAUGCCAGGCAGAAUUCCUAUAGUUACUGCUGGGAGCAGAAACCAGCACUUAGAGGGGGCAGGUACUUUCACUCUAGGAGCCGGUUGUGGCCAUUCUGGGGAUCGGCUGGACCCCAGCCAAAGUGCCCACCUGCAGCACAGUGAGGGUGGCACUGCAUAUCCUCUACCAAGCAAGAUCAAAACUGCAGAGCGGCUUCUGUCUCAUGCCUCUGUGGCUGUGGACGUGGCCCCUCCAAACCAAGGCGGGCCAGUGAGCUGCAGUGACAUGCGACACCCAGUUUCCUUCACCAGCUCAGGCUCUUCUGAUUCUCCAUCUAGCAGCAUAAAGAUGUCAAGUUCAACCAGUAGUUUGACUUCAAGCAGCAGUUUUUCAGAUGGCUUCAAGGUCCAGGGACCAGAUGCUCGAAUCAAGGACAAGGCUGUGAGCCAGGUUCAGAGCAGUACAGCUGAGCACAGGCCACGCAAUACUCCAUUUAUGGGCAUCAUGGACAAGACCGCAAGGUUCCAACAGCAGGGCAAUCCCAGCCGCACCUGGCACUGCCAGGUGGCAGAGGGGCUACUGACAAACACACCUGCAGCUGGCCUGCAGUCCUCUAACUCUGAGAAGCCCUCUCUCAAACAAGUGGGAGGGUAUAACAACCAAGCCAAAACCUGUUCUGUUUCUACGCUGAGUGGAAGUAUCCACAAUGGGGCACAGGUAAAGGAGCUAGAAGAAAGCAAGUGCCAAAUUCCAGUCCACUGUCAAGAGAACAGGGUAACUAAGACUGUUUCUCAUCUCUAUCAGGAAAGCAUCUCUAAACAGCAGCCUCAUAUCAGUAAUGAAGCCCACAGGAGCCACCUCACUUCAGCAAAGCCAAAGCGAUCCUUCAUAGAAUCAAAUGUGUGAGCCUUCAGAGAGCGCCAUGGGUAGAAUUUGGAAAACAGUAUGUUUGGCUCCUGGUUAUAAGUAGUUGUUUUUUUCCAUCAGAAAAAUUACUUUUUAGCCAUUUUUUUUUCUUUCCUCUGGGAGGGGGGGUGGAUCCAUGCCAUUGCUGUAUUAAAAAUGUGGGACAAAAACUUCCUUAAUAAUAGCUAAGUAGCUAAAAGUCACCAUAAGUAAGAAUGCUAAACAAUUGAAAACAAUAAGCUAUACCUAUCAAGUUGAGCAUUCAAGACAGCCAAGAAGACGUUAACUCAUGCUUUUCUCUUAUGGAAUUAUUUGGUUUUUAUGACUUUUCUCCUAGCCUUUGCUAUGUGGUGAAAUCACAGUAUUUACUUAGAGAAUAUGUCUAUUAUUAAAGAGUGGUAGGCUUAACUUUGGCAUAAUAUCCAAAUGAUACAUUUUGGAAAAGAUGGAAUUGUCAAGUUAUAGCUCCAUUGAGUCAAAUCCUAAUUUUAUUUAUAUAUAUAUAUAUAAAAACACAAGUGAUUUCCAGCUGAGUAUAAAUAUGACUAUAAACAUAAUAUAGCUGAUUUUUUUUUUAAGCAAAAUACAAUAAUAUCCAAGUAAUUGUUCCCUUCAUAGCAGCUCUUUUAAGAGGAUUAAACACUUACUUCCAUGUUAUGGUUCUUAUUCAGAAUAUUUUUAUAGCACCUUUUUUGGAACUAUAUUCAUGCUUCAAGGUGUUUUUGAUAUUUGGAAACAGUAUAAGCCAUUCGGAAUCAUUAUUGGUGGUCAAGUUAGAUUUGACCUAAAUGCUAAGACCGGCAAUCUAAGUGGCUCUUAUAGCUCUCAGCUGGUUCCAAAACUUUAGUAAUAAGGCUCUUGGAACAAGCCUUCUGUCUGUUAAGGACAAUAUUUAAUUUGGAAACUUAAGGUAUGGUUAGUUGUGGCUUUUGUUUUGUUGUACAAUCAUUAAUAGUCACAUGUUGUAUAUAUUAAAUAGCCCAGUUUUAUUCAGACUUGUAAAUACAACUGUUUCAAAAUAGUUAAUGCAAAAACAAAAAGCAAAUCCCCAAUCAUUUAUUUGCAUGUUCUUUGUAAGCUUCAUCCAUGCUGGUUAUUGCACUGAAUGACAUAUUGUGGUGUGUUAACAUUAUACCAGUAACAGCACUUUAUCUCAUUUAUAGGAACACCUUUGAGGUGCUACUUAAGCCCAAACUGAUGUAUAUUCAUUUGUAAAAGAUAAGGUACAAGAAUAAACCUUGGUUUAAGGUAUUUUUAUAUGAAAAUGGUGUGUUUGUGGAGGAUGUUAAAAUGCUAGUUUGAGGGAGGUGAGAGUAUUUUGUUUUCUAUGGUGGGAUGUGAAACUUAUUUUCUAGAAUUGGGGGAAGGAAGUUCUAUAUUUUCAGAAUGUUUUAAAAAUAGUUGUAAUGAAGUUCCUGUGAACAUCAUUAUGGUUUUGUAUGAAUAGGAACCUUGUGAUGUCAUUCAACAUUUGUUCCUGAGUGUGUGUACAGUGUACUUUGUACAAACAGCUUUAUCAUUUUUUAUAGGCUUUCCAUGAGUUCUGCUAUAACUACUAUGGCUUAUUUAUUGUAUGUUUUAAUAUUUGUGAAAGUCUUACCCUUUUGUUAUGUAGUUUUGUUUCUGCACAACUACUGUACUUUUCCAUAUGGAAUAAAGACUAUUAAUAGAA